UCUCAGUUGAGAAUCCUUCCACAAAAACCCUAUCUAUUCAAUUUCUUCUCAAGCCCAACACAAUCGAGGUGAGGGAUGACCAAGGCCGUCAAGCCAGCUCAGCUGCGUACCCAUUCAGAGACUGGCCGGUGGUCGCGAGGAUCCAUCCAGAGGGCAUCGGCACCGAAUUGACGGCGUUAGAUGUUAACGGCGGCGUCAUCAGUGGUGACAGAUUGAAGACCCUCUAUAGAACCUUUGUGGGAAUUUGGCGGCUGGCCAACUGUGCCGACGUCCAGUUCUUUUGUUCCUACAUUGGACCCGAACCCGGAUCCGGACCGAUUAAGGUCGAAAAGAAUUCCCACCCUUCGUAUGGCACUCGUACAUCAACAAGCAGCCGGCAGAAGAGAUGGCUGAGAAGGACAGCUUGAUCAGGAAUAAAGACGAGGAGAUUCGCAAGAAAGACGAGGAUCUGGAUGCAGUGAAGAAGAAGAUUUGGGAGUUGAAUGGAAUUGCGAAGAAGCGCGGGGACGAGAUUGCGAAAGAAGGAUGAGGAGAUUGGGGAGAGUUUCAUGGACCUCGAGGCAACAAAGAAUAAGGUGAUGGAGUUGGAAACGAUUCUCGAGUGGAGGGAGGAAGAGAUCGUCAAAAAGAAUAAGGAUCUGGAAUCGAAGGAUAAAAAAAUGGAGGAGCUUGGAGCGAUUAUUGAGAAGGGCGACGAAGGUGCUUCAAAGAAAAUUCAUGAGCUGGAGGGAAAGAAUAAAAAGUAUGAGAACCUUGAAUCAGUUAUCAAGGAACCGGACACGAAGAAAAGCAAGAUGGAAGAGGUAAUAAUAGUUAUCAAGAGGAAAGAGGAGAUUCACAAGAAAGAUGAGGAUCUGGAUGCAGCAAAGAAGAAGAUUAGGGAGUUGAAUGGGAUCGUGAAGAAGUGCGAGGACGAGAUUGUAGAGAAGGAUGAGGAGAUUGGGGAUAAGUUUGUGGACCUUGAGGCAACGGAAAGUAAGGUGAUGGAGUUGGAAGCAGUUCUCGAGCGGGGGGGAGGAAGAGAUCACGAAGAAGAAUAAGGAUCUGGAAUCGAAUGAUGAAAAGAUGAAAGAGCUUCGAGCGAUUAUUGAGAAGGGCGAGGAAGAUGCUUCAAAGAAAAUUCAAGAGUCGGAGGGAAAGAAUAAAAAGAUUGAGGAGCUGGAAUCAAUUAUCAAGGAGCUAGAUGCGAAGAAGAGCAAGAUGGAAGAGAAAAUCUAAAGAAUAUAUAAUAGUAGAGGUUUGGAGAAUUUUCAGCAUUCAAAAUUUGCUUCUUUCUCCUAAUUUUUACUAGGGGCAAAUUAGUCCAAAUAUUUACCUGACCCGCUACAUUCUCCCGCCCAAAACCUUCUAAUAAAAGAGUGCUCCCAAU